AUGUCUCCUGCCGCGCUUACACCGCAGCCGACAUUCAAGGUUGUGCCGCAAACAAAAUGCAAAGAUCAAAAGUUCAACUUUGGUGCCGUUGUGGAAGGCUUAGACCUCAAUGAUAUCUCUGCCAAUGAUGUCGAGAGACUAAAAGAGACAAUAUGGACGCACAAGGUCAUCGUCGUCAAGGGCCAGAAAGAUCUUGCCCCCGUCAAACACUGGGAGCUUGUCACCCGCUUCGAUCCAGAUGCCCAUCAAAUGCAUAGCCAUGGUGACAUGAAAACAUUUGAAAAGAAGGGUGGUCUUCUCUCAAAAUCCCGUGAUGUCUAUGGCAUUCCCGGAGCAGAGAAUGUUCGUCUGAUCGGGAAGGGUUAUCAAGGUCAGGGCUGCAAUUCCUCUCUAAUUGGCAAGUGCGACAGGGUCAAGACGCUAACUCCAGCAUUAAAAAUAGGCCAGGAUCACUACGGGCUCAAAAACAUCAUUAUCAAAGGCUUAACAAACGAUUUUCACGCUGAGCCCCCAAACGACGAAGAAUUUCAAGAGGGCAUCACACGCUUUCAAAGAUGGCAUAUCGACGCCCCGCUAUAUGCUCGCGAUCCGGCGUGGUUUACAACUCUUCGCGCCUUAAAGCUCCCAUCUGGUCCAGACUUGACUAUCCGGUGGGAUGACGGCUCCGGAUUGAGUAUGAAGGCCCCCCCAGGAUUAACGGCAUUCUUCAGUACCUCACAGCUGUAUAGCAUGCUCAGUGAUCAAGAAAAGCAGCUUGCUGACCACAGCUGGGUUGAGUAUGCACCACAUCCGUAUAUGUGGGUCGAGCGUUGCAAGGCUCCUCCGACAGGACUCGGCCUGAAAUCUGAGGGGAAGGAACAUACUAUUGAGGAACUUGGUGAAUACGAUGAGAAGGAUGUCAAGAGAUAUCCUUUUGUGUGGGUCAAUCCUGUCACCGGUGAGAAGGCGUUCCAAGUUCACGGCCUCGCCGCGCGGAAACUCUUUCUUCGGUCAUCCAUAGAUGAAGAACCAAAAGUUAUCGACGACGUAGUCGCUAUUCGCUCGUUCCUGCACAACAUACAGACACGCGUCCUGCGACCCGAGUACAUAUAUCUCCCCAAGGUCGAGGUGGGUGAUAUAGUAAUGUGGGACAAUUAUGGUACAUUCCAUACAGCUGUGGAUUAUCCCCUGGAGAAGUAUGGUCCCAGGACCAUGCAUCAAGCCAACAUUGGUGCAAGCAAGGGUCCUGUUGGCCCUGUGCCAAUUCCGGUUGUAGGUUGA